AUGCUUUAUGCCGAAGGUAAUGAGCUUCAUUUUCGCUUUGAUGACCACCUCCUCUGGAUCCAGCCAUGGGGCGAGAAUGCACUCCGGGUGCGAGCAACUAAGUUAGCGUCCAUGCCUACAGAGGACUGGGCCCUUACCUCUAACCCUGCGAGCUCUUCUGUCAACAUCGCAACACCCGAAGAUGAAGAUGCAACUAUCAUUAAUGGCAAGAUCAAAGCUACCGUCUCUCAGCGGGGCAAGAUCAUCAUCUACGACUCGAAAGGAACUAAGCUACUCGAAGAAUAUGCUCGGAAUCGACGCGACCCCCAAGAUGCAAAAUGCAGCGCGUUGGAAAUUGAAGCACGGGAGCUGCGUCCCAUACUCGGUGGUGAUUUUCACCUAACAACAAGAUUCGAGUCGUUGGAUCCCAAGGAGAAAAUCUUCGGAAUGGGCCAGUAUCAACAACCGUACUUGAAUCUCAAAGGAGCAGACUUGGAGCUGGCACACCGCAAUUCCCAAGCCAGUGUUCCAUUUGCAGUGUCGUCGCGCGGUUAUGGCCUUCUAUGGAACAACCCUGGCAUCGGGCGAGCGGUGUUCGGAACAAAUGUGAUGAGCUUCGAGGCGUACUCAACACGCUCGCUCGACUACUGGGUUGUAGCCGGGGAUACACCCGCAGAAAUUGCAGAAGCAUAUGCGAAAGCCACAGGCUACGUUCCAAUGAUGCCAGAGUACGGGCUUGGAUUCUGGCAAUGCAAGCUCCGCUACUGGAACCAGGAACAGCUACUCAAUGUCGCUCGGGAAUAUCGUCGCCGUGAGGUUCCUCUUGAUCUGAUUGUAAUUGAUUUCUUCCACUGGAAGCAUCAGGGUGAAUGGAGUUUUGAUCCGAAGUUCUGGCCUGAUAUUAGUGCCAUGAUUAAAGAACUCAAAGAGCUCAAGGUGGAGCUUAUGGUCUCGAUCUGGCCGACCGUCGAAAAUGCAUCCGAGAAUUAUUCAGAGAUGCUAGAGCGCGGACUAUUGAUCCGGCAUGAUCGCGGAAUGCGCGUGGCAAUGCAAUGCGAUGGCGAUAUCACCUACUUCGACGCCACGAACCCCGAAGCACGAAGAUUCGUCUGGAGCCAAGCAAAGAAGCACUAUUAUGACCUCGGUAUCAAAGUAUUCUGGCUCGAUGAGGCUGAGCCAGAGUAUUCGAUCUACGACUUUGAUAUUUACCGAUACCACGCCGGUAGUAACCUACAGAUUGGCAACAUCUUUCCGAAGGAAUACGCGCGUGGAUUCUACGAUGGCAUGAAGGAAGAAGGACAAACAAACAUCGUGAAUCUUCUGCGCUGUGCGUGGGCAGGCAGCCAGAAAUACGGAGCCCUCGUCUGGAGUGGUGAUAUUGCUUCCUCGUGGAGCUCAUUCCGAAACCAGCUGGCAGCCGGCUUGAACAUGGGUCUCGCCGGUAUCCCCUGGUGGACUACUGAUAUAGGUGGAUUCCAUGGAGGUAAUCCAGACGACCCCGAGUUUCGAGAGUUAUUCACCAGAUGGUUCCAAUGGGGUGCAUUUUGCCCUGUAAUGCGACUCCAUGGUGACCGCGAGCCAAAGCUCGCAGGGUCAACAAGCAGCGGAGCCGACAAUGAGAUCUGGUCGUAUGGUGAUGAGGUUUACGAAAUCUGCAAGAGAUUCAUCGGGAUCCGGGAAGAGCUUCGCAACUACACCCGAAGCCUGAUGAAGGAAGCUCAUGAGAAAGGGACGCCUGUGAUGCGUACGCUGUUCUAUGAGUUUCCUCAAGACAAGCAGGCAUGGGAUGUUGAGACAGCUUACAUGUUUGGGUCGAAGUACCUAGUUACCCCAAUCUUUGAACCAGGCCAACGCAAAAUCUCUGUCUACCUUCCUGCUGGAGCCUACUGGGCACCUUGGGGUAAGGUGAAUCUCAAUCAUGAAGAAAUUCCCAGAAUUUUCCAGGGUGGUAUCACGGUGGAAGUCGAUUGUCCAAUUGAAUCUAUGCCAGUAUUUUACCGCGUAAAUUCUUGA